AUGCGAAAGGGUCAGUCCAGCGCUGCUGCCUCCACCUGCACCAGCAACGGUCAUAAGUACAGAGUUUGCAAAAAUGGCUCGCCGGUACACCGUCGAAGCCAUCAUCACUUUCGCCUGCGUAGAACCGAGGAUCCGAGUAUUUCCAUCUCGCUGACCUCCGGUGAGCAGCCGACCGACUGCCAGGUCACCAAGUCUCGGCGCAGCACGCAACAGAAACAGCUUGAUCGACGUCAGCGGGCACAGACAAAACUCACAAUCAUGCAAAUCUGCGUCAUAUUUCUGUUUCUGGUGGGUCAGAUACCGCAGGCCUUCUCCUUUGAGAAAAUAUCCAAUGUGAUACUGCCGGCUGACUGUGGUAGAUGUUGCAAGUUAAAGAAUUACUAUCGACUGUGCAGUCAAGUUCUCAGUUUGGUCAGUUACUCCCUGCCUUUUGUAAUAUAUAUCUCGCUGAAUAAGCGCUUCCUCGAGGUGCUUCUCAGUGGCUGUCGGUCAAAAAAUCCGGACAGAAAUGAAGCGACAUAUCGAUCCCAUGUGGGCUAA